AUGCUAUGCUUCAAGGGAAGCAAAGGCUACAAGGUGGUACCAAAAAAGAAGGAGGUCAAGGCAGCGACUUCAGCUUCAACUUCAACUUCGACUAAUCAGACAUCUGCACCGAGAACCAGAAAUGGCACUGGCACUGGCACUGCCGCUGUGACUCAGCCCACGAAUAGAGUGGCUGCAAAAAGUACCCGUCCUUCCCCUGAUCGAUCUAGGAAUCCUCCAUACUCAAAUUCUCGCCCUUCUCCCUCUCGAAGACACAACACUGAGCAGGGCCCUCCUAUUCAACCGCCUCGCCAACAGUCCAAAGUUGCGCGCACCAACAACAUGGCCUCCCAAAAUGGCAUCUUCUAUGGGCGAGCGGACUCAGCCAUUACGAGUGGUUUUGGAGACGAUGAGAGUGCUACUGCAGUGCAAAAUCCAACGAGCAAAUCUCAAGGCUCAUCAUCAAGCAACACGGCUCAGUCUCAAGCACACGACAGAAUUCCAUCCCAUGAACGACCGGUAAUAAACACCGCCGCCGCUGCCGCUUCAUCUUCAUCUUCGUCCUCUGCUAGCCCGUACGUUGAUCUGCCCGAGUCACUAGACAGUGAUGCUACAACAACAAGGGCAAUAGACAGACGAGAGUGUAUUGUCUGUAGCGACAUCAAAGCUACAGAUUCUUUUCCAGAUUUCGUCACUUCAAAAUGCACGCACACCCCUUCUAUAUGUUUGGAUUGCAUGGAGCGAUCAAUCCAAGUGGGCAUGAAAAGUAAACGCUGGACCGAUAUCAGAUGUGAUGAGUGCCAAGAAAAUCUAGAAUAUAACGACAUUCAGCGCUUUGCCGAUGAACACACAAUUGCCAAAUACGAAAGACAGGCGCUCCGAGCUGCUGUGGAAGAAGAUGAGAACUUCUUCUGGUGUACCUCUGAUUGCGGCUCUGGGCAGAUCCACGACUCUGGGUCUGCUCAACCCAUCGUCGUUUGCAUUAAAUGCAGUCAUCGCUCAUGUUUUCGCCACGGAGUCAACUGGCAUGAAGAUUUAUCUUGCGAGGAGUAUGAUCGGCUUCAAGAAGAUCCGGAUUUCCGUGGCCACUUGGAGCUUGAAAAUGAAAGGUGGUCGAAGGCCCAAGCAGCUCAAGCAGCUCAAGAAGAGGCAGAUCGGGACCUCGCUAGCAGGUUCGUCGCCAAAGAAAAGGCUAAAAUUAAGCGCCAAGAGGCGCAGGAUCAGAGAGAGAGAGAGCGAGAGCGAGAGAGACAGAAGAGUCAACGAGAACGAGAACGAGAGAGACAGAAGUAUCAAGAGAGGCGACGAGAGCUAGAGCGAGAGAAGCAGGAGAGGCAACGAUUACGGGUACGAGAGAGACAGGAGAAUCAGGAGAGGCAACGAGAACGAGCACGAGAGAGACAGAAGAAUCAGGAAAGGCAACGAGAGCUAGAGCGAGAAAGACAGGAGAGGCAACGAGCUCUUCGCGAAAAAGCAUCGGCUCAGAAGGCCGCAGAAGAAAGGCGCCAAAUUGCAACCAGAAGAAAAAUGGAAGAGGCGAAGAGCAUUGCCACAUUGAGAGCCACAACAAAACCAUGUGGAGGAUGCGGAUGGGCUAUCGAGAAGAAUUCCGGCUGUUCACAUAUGACGUGUAAGUUCCUUGCCACCUUUGCUAUUUUUUAUCUUUCCGCACAUGCAAGUCUUGCUAUAAUGCUGCUUCACUAUCACGGGUACCGUGCGUUCACAUAGGUCUUCCACGUUGGCCACGUUAUAUGGACACUAAUCAUAGCAGGUCGGAAAUGCAAUUACCAAUUCUGUUGGACCUGCGGCAAGCCAUGGAGCAGAACACACUUGUGUCUUGGCUUUUUCUAGCGUUCAAACUGAUUAAAUUGAGUAGUGCCAAUGGGUCUGCACCAAGUAGCUGAGAAAUGCAACAGGAUCCAUGGGCACUACUCAAGUUACUUGGUUUAUACGGUUCAAAAUGUGGGCAUGAAUUCUGCUGGGAUUGCGGCGCCGACCAUCGGGCUAUCAUGAGAGGCGAUAACAGCCUGCAUAAGGAGACAUGCCGGUUUCAUCCUCGCAACCGGGGGAGUGGGUAAGAUAUUGGACUAGGCUUUGAGAGGAUGGUUGACAUGAGAGGUUUGGCGGAUGGGUUGAGAGCCAUGACACCCCCGGGGAUGUGUACAAAGCUCUGUUCUUUGAGUUGCCUCGACUAUGUAUAACGCAAAGCCAGCUCGGUUGUCCAUGCUGAGAUUUGGCAAGUGGUUGUAUAUCUCAAUAUAUCACAAACAUGCAGGAUACCAUCAAGUGGUUGGCGAUGAAGCUGUUUCAAUUAUUGCCUGUAAUAUACUACCACAUCAAGAAAACACUUUACGCCGAUGUCUA